AUGAACUCAACCUGGACCGUUGUGAAAUUUUCAAACGAAGAAACUGUAGAGGCUGUGCCUACUACUUGGAUCAAUGGAACAAACUGCUAUUGGCCGACUUUAUAUACUCAAGAAAAAUUACUGAAUGCCAUUAAAAAACAUCAAUGAGGAUUUCAAUAGUUGUUGGCCACAAUUUCCAAUUGAAACAUUCAGAAAUGGUACUUUCGAUAAUUAUUUAACUGCUAGAAAUAAAUUGAAACAGGCUGAAUAUUCAAGUGAUCUUGGAUCACAUAUCGAUAAAAAAAUAAGAAAAAUUAGGAAACAAAAAUUGUUCUCAUCAUCAUCAUCUGAAGAUGAAAUGCAAACAAAACUUCAUUCUCCUCCAAUAAGAAUAAGUCUCACCCCGAAGGCCACAAAUCUUUUGCCGAGUCUUGCUGAUCAUAUAGUUGAAGGUGUACAUCAUCAGAAUC